CCUAAUAACCCCCUUCUCGAUCUUCUCUCCUCCCAUUCCUCUCAGUCUCAAACCCUAACCCUAAUUUUCCCUCGUCGUUGAUCGAUCGAUCUCGAAAGGGACAUUAGGGAUAUUUCUUUUUCUCCGAUCAUGGCGUACAGGAUGCUGGAGGUGACGCUGAUCUCCGCCAACGACCUCAAGGACGUCAACUUCUUCUCCAAGAUGCGCGUCUUCGCGAUAUUGUCCAUCGCCGGCGACCGGCGCUCGAGGCAGCGCACGGCCUCCGACAAGUACGGUGGCACCAGCCCCUCCUGGAACACCACCCUCCGCUUCGCCGUCCCCGCCGCCGCCGAAGGCCUCGUCAUCCACGUCCUCCUCCGCUCCGAGCGCGCCUUUGGCGACCGCGACGUCGGCGAGGUAUUCAUCCCCCUCAAGGAGCUCCUCAACGGCGUCGCCUCCGCCGGCGACAGCUCCGUCCACUUCGUCAGUUACCAGGUCCGCAAGCCUUCCUCCGGCAAGCCCAAGGGGGUCCUCAACCUCUCCUACAAAUUCGUCGACGCCGCCGCGGCGGCGACACCGGCGCCUUCGCCCGUCGCUCCGUACUCCUUCCCGGCGAACGAGAUCAAGUCCGGCGUUCCUUCCACCGCGUGCCUGGCAGUGCCGUCCUACCCGCCGCCAGGGGCGUACGUUUCGCACCCUCCGGCCGGGCCGUACUCGCCCCCAGCGGUGGCAUCGGUGGAGUCGAAGCCCGGGAAUCCCGCCGGAACUAUCGCUGCCCAUCCACCUUCGGAGAAGGAUGGGAAGGAAUCGAAGGUCGGCAAGCCCGUCACCGCCUAUCCCGCCGCCGCCCCAUCGUACGCGGCUCCAGGAGCGUAUCCUCCUCCCGGUGGUUACCCGCCCUACCCGACGCCGUACGGGUAUCCGCCGGCGAGGGGUCCGGUGGGGUACGGGUAUCCUCCGCCGCCGACAGGGUACGGGUACGGUGCUCCGCCACCGCCGGGAUACGGUUACGGAGCUCCAGCGGCCGCGCAGAAGCCGAAGAUGGGCAACGGCAACAUGGGGCUGGGGAUGGGUCUGCUCGGUGGCGCCCUCGGGGGGCUGCUGAUCGGAGAUAUGGUGGUGGACGCCGCAGAGGCCGGCUACGAGACCGGGUUCGGCGACGGCGUCGACUUCUAAGCUAAUUUUUAUAUUUUUUUUUAAUAAGUUGUUUAUUUAUUUAUUUAUUAUUUUUAUUGUGAACUACGGAUGGAAGGAAGGGAUCACAGGGAUUAUCCUUCUUCUACAGUAUUAUGUAAUUAAAUGAAUGAAUUAAUUAAUUUUCGUUUGUAUUGUUGGAAA